GGCGCGCGUGCACAGUCGAUACGCUGCCGUCGAUCGAGUAAGACGCGUCGUCCCGAAAGUCCUCAGCGCCCCCACAGUGUGCGACGACAAAAACAAUACAAAGAACAAAACAAAACACCAAGUCGAGAAUCCAAAAACCACAUUUUUCGGGGGAAAGAAAAAACACACACACACACACACACAACACGCACACACACAAAAAGAGGAAGGACGUCUUUGGAUUUCGUGCCAAUGGAAAACUAACUGAUUUCUCCCCGAGAGCCCCAAACCGCAGCCGGAAUAGCCGUUUUUGCCGUCGAUUGUUUCUGUUGGCGACGCCUGCAAAGGGGGAGAAGACGCUUCCCACCUACACCCACUACGCCGAAAAAGGGAAACGCUUUGACAGGAAAAUCAAAGAAAAGAUCGGAACGGAACAAAGAAAUUGCAGCAACAGCAAAAAGCAAAAAAGCAAAAAAGAAAGAAAAACAUGUCGGUCGAUGUUUCGGAUGAAUCGUCCAUCACGGCCGAAUGGCUAGAAAGCAUUCUACAUCUGUAUUACAGCACCAACGGGCGAGACUUGCUCGACGGACCCAAGGACGAUGAGGUCGACAAUGGAGACGUUGUCAUCCGCAAGGACGAAGCUGGCCAAACGAUCAGCGUCAAACAGUUUCAGGUGCGACCUGGGUGCGACGAAGGCGAGAAUUUGCUCAGCGAUCUGCUGGCCAUCGACGUCACAGUCUGCCGCAACGGGUCCAUGCCCGAAGAGGAGCUCCACCUCAUGGCCAAAUUGCUGUCCCAAGAUCCGUUCUGCCGCCACUUCAUACUGGAAGCCGGAUUCGACGUUCGGGAAAUCCAUUUUUACACGACUCUCAUGCCGGCCCUGACUCAAUUCUGCGGCGGCCACGGAGGCGGCCACGAGCCGUGGCCCGUCCCGUCCUGUUUCUACGCAAAGUAUCGACAAGGCAGCGACUCGGUGCUCGUCUUGGAUAACAUGAAAGCGUCCGGUUUUCACGUGACGGAAUUCCAUCUCGGCCUGUCGCUGGACCAGGCCAUAGCGGCGGCCCGAUCCAUUGCCCGCAUUCACGCGUCCGUUCUGGCCUAUCGAUUGCGAUUGGGUGUCGAUCUCGGCCAGGCGUUUCCUUUCCUAUUCCGGCCCGAGGCGGCCGCCGAAUCUUAUCAGCAAUUGCUGGAACGCGGCCUGCCCCAGCUGGCCACCUUUCUUCACACGGCCGACAGGCCGGAGCUUCACGCCGUGCUGGCCAAGCUGCACAAAAUGAGACCGCGGGCUAAAGAAACGAUCGCCAAUCUAUUGAGGCCGGCCAGCCCGAUCGCUACGCUGACGCACACGGACUUCUGGUGCAACAAUCUGCUCUUCCGCCGCAAAGCGACAGACGGCGCCACGGCAGCCGCUGGCAAUGACCAGACAGACAAUAGCCGAGCCGCGCCAGUCGAGUGUUCCAUUCUCGACUGGCAGAUGGCCACCUACAGCCGGCCGACCAACGAUUUAGCUUUAUUGCUGGUCACUUCUGUGUCCGGGGAAGUGCGCCGGAAGCGAACCGGACACAUCCUAGACGCUUAUUGGAAUCGAUUCUGCGAGACGACCACCUCGCUCGGCUUGGACGUCGAGGGCCAACUCAAUUACAGCCGGCGGGAGCUGGAAACGGAGUUCCAGCAAUCGCUUUUGCUGGCCGUCUUGCUGGGUAUCGGCUCCGUCGACUUGGCCAUCGGGCACCAAGCGACCGAAGAGCGACUCUGCGAGGUUCUUAUCGACCUUAGCAACGAGAAAGUCUUUUAAAACGGAAUACCUAUCGCUCCUUGUUUUUCCUUUCGCUUCCAAUUUUCCCUCUUUCAUUUUGUUAUUGUGGCUUCCCUCCUACCCUCUCUCUCUUUUUCUCUCUUGUGAUGAAGAUUUAUGGAGUUCAAAAAUAAAUAAAUAAAUACAACAAAA